AUGUCUGAUUCUGCGCAAUCCUUAAAGGUUCUAAAGGAGCUUUUCGAGAAGUUAACUGUUGCCACUGCUGACAACAGAGCUGAAAUUUCUACCGAAGUUUCAAGUUUCUUGAACGGUAACAUCAUUGAACAUGAUAUUCCAGAAACUUUUUUCAACGAAAUCUACAAGGCUUUAAAGGAUAAGAAGACCGCCGCUAACGCUUUGUCUGCUGUUGUUCACAUUGCUAACGCUGCUAACUUGUCUCCUUCUGUCGAACCAUACGUUGUCGCUGCUGUUCCAUUAGUUUGUGAAAAGGCUGGUGACAAAGACAAGGAUAUCCAAAAAUUAGCUUCUGAUGCUUUGUUGGCUAUCGCUAACGCCAUUAACCCUGUCGCUGUUAAGGCUUUGUUGCCACACUUCAACACCGCCUUGUCUAACACCAACAAAUGGCAAGAAAAGGUUGCUGUCUUGGCUGCUAUCUCCUCUUUGGUUGAUGCUGCUAAGUCUCAAGUUGCUUUGAGAAUGCCUGAAUUGAUCCCAGUUUUGUCUGAAGCUAUGUGGGAUACCAAGAAGGAAGUCAAGGAAGCUGCCACUGCUACCAUCACCAAGGCUACCGAAACCGUCGACAACAAGGAUAUUGAACGUUUCAUUCCAAAGUUGAUCGAAUGUAUCGCCAACCCAAACGAUGUUCCAGAAACCGUUCACUUGUUAGGUGCUACUACUUUCGUUGCUGAAGUUACUCCAGCUACUUUGUCCAUCAUGGUCCCAUUGUUGGCUAGAGGUUUAGCUGAAAGAGAAACUUCUAUCAAGCGUAAGGCUGCUGUCAUUAUUGACAACAUGUGUAAGUUGGUCGAAGAUCCACAAGUUGUUGCUCCUUUCUUAAACAAAUUGUUACCAGGUUUGAAGAACAACUUCGCUACCAUUGCUGACCCAGAAGCUCGUGAAGUUACUUUGAGAGGUUUGAAGACCUUGAAGAGAGUCGGUAACGUUGGUGAAGAUGACAAAUUACCAGAAGUUUCCCACGCUGGUGAUGUCGAAACCACUUUAGGUGUCAUCAACGAAUUGUUGAAGGGUCAAGAAGUUGCUCCAAGAUUCAAGAUCGUCGUCGAAUAUGUUGCCGCUUUAGGUGCUGAUUUGAUCGAUGAAAGAGUUAUUGACCAACAAGCUUGGUUCACUCACAUCACUCCAUACAUGACCGUUUUCUUGCACGAAAAAACUGCUAAGGACAUCUUAGAUGACUUCAGAAAGAUUGCUGUCGACAACAUUCCAGUUGGUCCAAACUUCGAUGAUGAAGAAGAUGAAGGUGAAGACUUAUGUAACUGUGAAUUCUCUUUGGCUUAUGGUGCUAAGAUCUUGUUGAACAAGACUCAAUUAAGAUUGAAGAGAGGUGUCAGAUACGGUUUAUGUGGUCCAAAUGGUGCUGGUAAAUCUACUUUGAUGAGAGCUAUUGCUAAUGGUCAAGUUGAUGGUUUCCCAACCCAAGAAGAAUGUAGAACCGUUUACGUCGAACACGAUAUUGAUGGUACUCAUGCUGACACUCCAGUCGUUGACUUCGUUUUCGAAGGUAACGUUGGUACUAAAGAAGUUAUCGUUGCUAAGUUGACCGAAUUCGGUUUCAGCGAUGAAAUGAUCAACAUGCCAAUCUCUGCUUUGUCUGGUGGUUGGAAGAUGAAAUUGGCUUUGGCUAGAGCCGUUUUGAAGAACGCUGAUAUCUUAUUGUUAGAUGAACCAACUAACCAUUUGGAUACUGUUAACGUCGCUUGGUUGGUCAACUACUUGAACACUUGUGGUAUCACUUCCAUUAACAUUUCCCACGACUCCGGUUUCUUGGACAACGUCUGUCAAUACAUUAUCAACUACGAAGGUCUAAAAUUGAGAAAAUACAAGGGUAACAUGACUGAAUUCGUCAAGAAGUGCCCAGCUGCUCAAUCUUACUUCGAAUUAAGUGCCUCUGAUUUGGAAUUCAGAUUCCCAGAACCAGGUUACUUAGAAGGUGUUAAGACCAAGCAAAAGGCUAUUGUCAAGGUUUCUAACAUGACCUUCCAAUACCCAGGUACCACUAAACCACAAAUCGCUGACAUUAAUUUCCAAUGUUCUUUGUCUUCAAGAAUUGCUGUUAUUGGUCCAAAUGGUGCUGGUAAGUCUACCUUGAUUAACGUUUUGACCGGUGAAUUGUUACCAACUGAAGGUGAAGUUUACACCCACGAAAAUUGUCGUAUCGCUUACAUUAAGCAACACGCUUUCGCUCAUAUUGAAUCCCACUUGGACAAGACUCCAUCCGAAUAUAUCCAAUGGAGAUUCCAAACUGGUGAAGAUAGAGAAACCAUGGACAGAGCUAACAGACAAAUUAACGAAAACGAUGCUGAAGCUAUGAACAAGAUCUUCAAGAUUGAAGGUACUCCAAGAAGAAUCGCUGGUAUCCACGCUAGAAGAAAGUUCAAGAACACUUACGAAUACGAAUGUUCUUUCUUGUUAGGUGAAAACAUCGGUAUGAAAUCUGAAAGAUGGGUCCCAAUGAUGUCUGUUGACAACGCUUGGUUGCCAAGAGGUGAAUUAGUCGAAUCCCACUCUAAGAUGGUUGCUGAAGUUGAUAUGAAGGAAGCUUUGGCUUCUGGUCAAUUCCGUCCAUUAACCAGAAAGGAAAUCGAAGAGCACUGUGCCAUGUUGGGUUUGGAAGCUGAAUUAGUUUCCCACUCCAGAAUCAGAGGUUUGUCUGGUGGUCAAAAGGUUAAGUUAGUCUUGGCUGCUUGUUCAUGGCAAAGACCUCACUUGAUCGUCUUAGAUGAACCAACCAACUAUUUGGAUAGAGACUCUCUAGGUGCUUUGUCUAAGGCUUUGAAGGCUUUUGAAGGUGGUGUUAUUAUCAUUACUCACUCUGCUGAAUUCACCAAAGAUUUGACUGACGAAGUCUGGGCCGUCAAGGACGGUAUGAUGACCCCAUCUGGUCACAACUGGGUCACUGGUCAAGGUGCUGGUCCAAGAAUCGAAAAGAAGGAAGAUGAAGGUGACAAAUUCGAUGCUAUGGGUAACAAGAUUGCCGGUGCUAAGAAGAAGUCUAAGUUGUCUUCUGCUGAAUUAAGAAAGAAGAAGAAGGAAAGAAUGAAGAAGAAGAAGGAAUUAGGUGAUGCUUACGUUUCUUCCGAUGAAGACUUCUAA